ACAAAAAUACCACUAACGCCAGACCGUUGCCAGAAUUCGGGCAGGUAAAGCCAAGUCGUCGUGACAUAAGCAUAUCAGCUUUAUAAACCUCGGGUCGAGCUAAAAUUACCGUGACAGUCAUCUUCAGGUGAAAAUGACUCAAAAAGGAAUGGUUGACGGGUGUGUGUUCUAAGAGACGAUCUGAUGAGACAUAUACACACAGUCUGUAACACUGAACACUGUUUUGGAGAAAAGGUAAUAUAGUCAAACAGCCUUGGGCCAACAUAUUUCGGAUGACUGUUGUACUAGACGUGGAUGUCCUGGGCCUUCGUCCGGUGUUUAAUUCUGACAAAGUGUCCACGUAAACACCAGGGUGCUGUGUUCUACAGAUUUAAUUGUACUCUUAGGAUUUAAGCUGCUCAAUGAAUGCCAAGAUACUUUAAUCGUGACAUAGUGUGCACGAAACAUGUUCAAAGAGCACUUAGGAGUGUAGCGUCAUCGUGAACAACUGGACUGAUCCCCGAAAAGGACUUCUUGACAUAUUAAGGCAAUAGUGGUCAUUGAAUGAUGACGUGGGGAAGAAGUCGCAUAGCCCAUUAACUACAGGGCACUUCCGUCGAGAGAUUCACCAGAAGUCUAGCGCUUAUUGUAAAUAUGAGGGUGAGUUAACGGAAGUCUCUGUCAAGAGCUUUAGAGAUGCUCGCGCGCCUUUACUUAAAUGAGGAUCAGUUGCCAUUAUGUAGACAUGGGAGUUACGAGUAAUAACUGAUACCGAAUGAGUCACAUUAUAUAAGCCUCGGUAUACGAAGAACUAUGGGUCUGGCCGAGUUGAAAGUAUGAUUGACCUUGUUUAAAAGGAUAUUCUUUCAGUUUAAAUCAAAUUAGUUUUCAGUAUUUGAAAAUGGAUGCAGCCUAGUCCAUGCUGGUAUUCCAGGGCUGAGAUGACUUCUCAUUCAUAAUUCAUAAUUACAUGAAAGUGUGCAGUGAUCCAGCGUCAGUCAACUUUUGAAUGAAAUGUAAAAAAAUUUGAAACCUGUGAGGCUAAACAUCUGCAGACAUUUGCUCAAAGGACGUGGCAUCAUUAACAAAAGAAAAAGGAAGUACCAAUCAAACUGGUCAUGAUUUUACCAGUGGAAUCCGUUCCUUCGAAUCAUUCCGUGGUAAUGAUUUUGGCCACAACUCCGUUUCUGGCGGACAGUAUAACGACAAACGAUCCAGUUAAUCCGAACAACUUCCAUGAACAACUCAAGGUGAUCAUUCUAGUGCCGGUUACGAUUUUGAUCAUCCUGUCCAACCUUGUGGUGUUGUUCUACAUCAUGUGCCAUAAACAACUGCAUAAACCUACCUACCUAUUCGUGGCGUCGUUGGGAAUUGCCGACCUUUUCGUUGGGUGUGUCUGUAUUGGCUCCAUCGUUCACCCGAAUGACCCCGUUUUGGAACUUUGUCUCGUGCGGAUGGGUUUCGUCAUCAGCGCGUGUGUGGCGUCACUGUACUGUAUGACGUGGAUAGCCAUCGAUCGCUACAUAGCUAUCAUAUACCCACUGCGCUAUCCGCAGAAAAUGACUGUGAAGCGAGCGUGCUUCAUAAUCGUUUGCAUCUGGACUGGAUGCUUUCUCAUCGGAUUCGCGCCUUUGACCGGAUGGAAUGUUGGUGUGUAUCAUCAAUACUGUUCCUUCUCUUACAUCAUGUCACCGACUUAUCUUGUGUUUUUAUUCGUCAGUGGCUUUGUCCUUCCUAUGCUAGUCAUCAUUAUCGUCUACUGGCGUUUGUUUGAGAAAGCACGAGUUCAUUUCAAAAGGAUUUUAGCUAUCGAAACGGUGAUAGCCCAAAACGAACAUGCGGAUCAGCGUUCAUACCACACAGGCCACUCGCACCGGAACUGGAAAUCAGUCCGAAUCCUAAUGGUACUGAUUGGCUGCUUUACGAUCACGUGGUGUCCGUUCAUGGUGACAGCGUUUACACAAGCAAUCUGUGGAGACGAUACAUGUCAUCUAAAAGACAUCAUAGGGUCGUAUUUAUUGUUGUUAGGUUUCUCAAACUCUUUCUUGAAUCCAAUUAUCUAUGCUGUAAGUAAUCAGGAAUUUCAAACAGACGUUUUGUAAGAGCUUUAGCAAUUGUUGUAAACAGCGAAUCAGGCCAUUUCUUCAGUCCUAAUUGUCUAUUUUAUUAUCUAUUUAUUACAGUAAAUAUAUGAAAAUUACAAAGCCAUUAAUGUGUUUUUCUAAUAUAUGUGAACUGUACAUCUUGUGCAUAAAGUCCUUGGCGUAAAUUUUAAAACACUAUUUUGCGCUUAUGUGCCUAGCAGGAAGCAGCAAUUAUAUAUUAUUUGUUUUUGAGUUUUUUCCAUUUCAUUUGCGGACUAAACCACUUUCGGGAAGUGUAAAAACUAACAGCCCCUCAUGAAAGCAACUUUGAUAUAUGCCAUGGAGAGUGACUUCUAAACCAAGAGCUGGGCCCACUUGUUCGAAAGUGUAUUAGAUAAUAUUGGUAUUAAGUCAUAUUUUAUACUUAAAGUUUUAGCAAAACUUUGCAGUCAAUUCAGUUCUCCAAAGUCAAAGUUUAACAG